AUGUUUCCCAUUUCAGUAGGGUGGAUAGCAUUUGCAGGUGUUCUUCUCACGUUAAUUGCAUUAAAUUAUUUUAUAGUUAAAUAUUACUCAGAUAAACAUGAAAGUGGAAAAAUUACAACAAUCAUUUCAGUAAUUGGACUUACAUUAACACUUUUAUGUGUUAUGCUUAUUCCAGUUGAUAUUUUAAAUGUUUCAACAAUGUCACAUAGUGAUGGUACACAAAUUUCACCAUAUUCAAUCUCUCAAAGAACUGAAGGUGUUAAAAUGUUAUAUUAUAUAUUAUAUGGAUCAAUUUUAGGAGUUUCACUAAUUUUAGUACCAUUUGCAUAUUUUUAUCAUGAAGAAUAUGAUGAAAAUAUUCCAACAUGUUCAAGAGUUUAUGCAGGAUGUAAAUUUACAAUAUUUUUCAUAUUGUUUACAAUUAUAUUAUUGGUUGUUGGUGCAUUUGUUAGACCAGGAUCUAAACCAAUCGAUGAUCAAAAUGUAAAGGAUUGGAUCAAUGAUGAAGUACUCAAUCAAAAUGCUAUUGAAUCAUCGGUACUUUUUGCUAUUUCAUGUUUGACAGUAUUGGGUUUCUUGGUGUUUGCGGUCUACACAUCCUAUGGGUUAUCAGCAUUCCCAAUUGGUUUGAUCAAAGGUAAGAAGAGAACCGAUGACGAUAAAUCCGACAUCAAUAAGGAUCUUUGGAAAGCUAAAGAAAAGAGUAGUUUCUAUUCAUCAAAGUAUGCAUCGGGCAAAUCAUUAUCAGAAAAAGAACAAAGCACCCUCUCAUUGUUGAGGGGUAAGGAAAGAGCAUUAUCAAAACGUUCAGAAAGAUUGGAUAAUUCAAACAAAGGAUUUAGAAAGAUUUUAGUCAUCUUUAGACCAUUUGCAUUCAUUUUUGGUUUCAUCUUUAUCUUGGUCUCUUUAUUGAUCAUUAUCUCCAUCGUCUUAUCGUUGGUCGAUAAAAUCUCAAGUAGUGUCUGUGGUUCGGCUUGCGGUUUCCUUUCAACUUAUCCACAAUUGAAAAAUCCAUUCGAUAUCAUUCUCACCAAAUUGGCCCCAUAUUUCCCAUUGGAUUAUAUCAUUAUUGGUGGUUUAAUAUUUUUCAUUUAUUCUUGUACUUUAUCUGGUAUCACUAGAAUUGGUAUUAGAUUUUUAUGGAUUAAUAUGUUUGAAUUUGGAUAUCGUAAAACUUUCCCACAAGGUUUAUUACUUGCAUCAGUGUUAUUAAUGUUAAGUAAUUUAUGUUUAAAUAUGCAAAUUGUAAAUUUAGCACCAAGAUAUGUUAUGUAUGGUGCUCAAGUCUAUUUGAAUGGUACUUCAGUUAUACCAUGUACAAUUAAUGCACCAACAGAUCUUUGUAUUAUGUCAGAAAUUGGUCUUUUAACUUCACGUAUUCAAUUAGGUAUUUCUUUCUUUGGUAUUGUAUUUUAUUAUGGUACUUGGGUAAUUGUUGCAACUUUUAUUUUAGGUUUAGCUGUUUCAAUAUUUAAAAGAAGACCAUCUGCUGCUUUAAGUUAUUCUGGUGAUAGUGAUGAAGAAGAGAUUUAA